AUGCCUGCUGAGUCCAUUCCGCUGAGGAAGAAGCCUCCGCCGCAUCCUCGCAAGACGCUCGUCCACACCCUCUCCGAAGACUUCACCCUCGAGCCCCCAAAUAGAAGUACCUCGCCCGUCGUCGCUUCCGGCUCGAGUUCCCGCCAACUCUCUCGCACACGCUCUUCGUCGCGCCAACAUCGCAAAGCCAACGGCAAGUCUGCGCUCAGAGAACCAGAUAGCCCUGGCAAUUCAGAACUCGAGUUCGACGACUGGGAUGAACACGACGCGGCUAUGCCGUCAGAUCUGAGACCCUCAAUGGACCACGCCGAGUAUGGGCGCGCGAAUGCGCCCCUGCUCGGGCGCAAGACGGAGGACGACAACAUGGACGACGGGCUGUUGGGAAGGAGCACACAUCACUUCCACGAGCGGGAUCCCGAGAUGCAAGCCAAGCACGAGACGCGGAAGAAGUACACCUACGCCGCCUUUCUGCUUGCGCUGAGUCUGGUGAGCUUCACAGUGCAGACCGAGACGGCGGUAUACAUCCAGCACCAGUUGAAAUGGGAGAAGCCGUACUGCAUGCUGUACAUGACACACGGCUCGUGGAUAGUGCUGUGGCCCGCAACUCUCUUCCUGCUGCGACUCCAGCACUGGAAUGAGCCAUGGCCGACCUUCUGGCGGCGCCACGUCCAGCUGCUGCGCCAAACCGCCCUCAUGGUCCAGCACCAGAACCUACACCCCACGCCGCGCCAAUCCCAAGUCUCGCCCGUUCGCUACAUGCUCAAGAUGACAGCCUUCAUCACAUGCGCCCUCACACUCGCAGGAGGAAGUUGGUACGUAGCCGUCAACCAGACGACAGCCAGCGACUUGACCGCCAUCUACAACUGCUCCGCCUUCUUCGCCUACGCCUUCAGCAUCCCCAUCCUCCACGAGAAAGUCCGCGCCUCCAAAGUCGUCGCUGUUGCCAUCGCCAUCGUGGGCGUCUUCGUCGUCGCAUACGGCGACCAGUCCCCCGCAAAGCACGGCUCCAAAUCCGGAGGCGGAGCCGGCGGCGAUAAGGCGCCCCCGUCGCACGAAGCCGAGAACCGCGCUUUUGGCAACCUCGUCAUUGGCAUUGGCAGUGUCUUGUAUGGCCUGUACGAAGUGCUGUACAAGAGGCUGGCGUGCCCACCAGAAGGCGCCGCACCGAACAAAGGUGUUAUUUUCGCGAACCUGUUUGGCAGUCUAAUCGGCGCGUUCACGUUGAGCGUGCUGUGGAUUCCGCUGCCGUUUUUGCAUUAUAUGGGAUGGGAACUGUUUGAGCUGCCGCAUGGAGAGCAGGCGUGGAUGAUGGCAAUCAGUGUUUUGGCCAAUGCCACCUUCUCAGGAGCCUUCCUCGCACUCAUCUCCCUCACCUCGCCGGUCCUCUCCUCCGUCGCCGCCCUCCUUACCAUCUUCAUCGUCGCGCUCGUCGACCAGCUUCUACCCCCGCCGCUCAAUUCGCCUCUUACACCCGCGGCUAUUGUUGGAGGACUUCUCAUCAUCGGCGCGUUUAGUCUGCUGUCCUGGGCGAGUUACAAGGAGAUGGAUGAAGAGAGAAGACAUAAGCUGGAAGAGGCGCCUAGUGAAUUGGAUGAUUAG